GCAGAAGCCGGCAUACGAUGCUAAAUGUAUCGAGCUGCCGUACGCGAAUAAAGAGAUCAGCAUGGUGAUUAUCCUACCUAAUCAAAUUAACGGUCUGGCUGCGCUGACCGACAAACUUGCUGAAGUUAGCGCGGAAUGCAGCACUCGCCUCGCGCAAACGUACGAACGCGAAGUCCGACUGUUCCUGCCCUUAUUCAAGACCGAGUCCAAAAUGGAUCUUGGCGAUACAUUGAAAACUAAGGUACGUUC